CGAGCCAAUCACCGCGCGGCGCCUGCUGGUCCUCGAGCGCGCUCUCCAGCGCGGCGCACACUACGCGCGGUUGACAGCAAGCGUCGCGUCGCGUCUCGUCUCUCAAUCCCGCGGAUGUCUCACGUAAACAUGUUCUGCUAGACACUAACAGAAAUAAGAAAACGACCGAGACAUCAUUCAGCUGCAUCAAGAAGCAAGAGGAGCGAGUCAAAGUGAGCGACACUGACGUGGAAUCCGAGCGCUGGAGGGGCAGCAGAGGGCAAAGGUCAGACUAGAGAUGCUAGGCUAUGUCAGGCUUCUACACAAUAAAACAACAUGGAGGAGUUUAAAGUUCAGACCGCCAAACACCCUGUACCCAACAGUUCGCCCAUGAGGCCGCACAGCGAGCACUCGAAAGAACAAGCAACCAAACGCCUGUCCUCCGCAUCCAACGGCACGAGCGAUGGAGGAGCGGGCUGCAAAACGCCUGUGGAGAUCACUGCGCUGGAGGAGUCAUUCCGGCGCUUCGCCAUUCACGGAGACACGCGAGCCACCGGGAAAGAACUGAACGGCAAGAACUGGUCCAAACUGUGUAAAGACUGCGGCGUCAUCGAUGGCAAGAGCAUCACACUCACAGACGUGGAUAUAGUCUUCUCCAAAGUCAAGAACAAAUCUGGCCGCACUAUUACAUACAGCCAGUUCAAAGAAGCGCUGGCGGAGCUGGCCAGGAAACGCUUCAAAGAUAAGAGCAGCGAGGACGCCGCGGAAGAGCUUUACAAACUGAUAGAAGGAAAAUCACCCGUUAUAUCUGGAGUCACGAGAGCCGUGGCUUCUCCGACCGUGUCCCGUUUGACUGACACCACCAAGUUCACCGGAUCGCACAAGGAGCGCUUCGACGAGACGGGUCGCGGGAAGGGGAAGGCGGGACGCGUAGAAGUGGUGGACACAUCCGGAUACGUCGCUGGAUACAAGCACGCAGGGUCAUACGAGAAGAAGAUUCAAAAACCUCCACAAAAACCCAUGUGAGAUUCCCCAUCCAGCAGUGAACGCGAAACCCAACUCUAAAGCACAAAGGGGGUAUGUCCUUUUUUCUGUGAAUAACAUUGAGUUUAUGUUCCUCUUCCUUUAAGUGUUUUAUUACUUUUAACUGGAACGCUGUUUACAUCCAAACACUGACGUCACCAGCCGGUACGUUCCUAACAAACACGAUGAUGCCAAGAGAAAGACAAUAUUGCACGCUGUAUUAGUGUUUUUUGCAGAUAAUCCGUCGUAAAUAUUGACAUUAAAUGCAUAUAUGAAUAUUUGGGAUUUGUGGCUUCUCUUAUGAUGUAAUAGAGUCAGGCCUGAAAUAGAAGUUACAUGCAAACGCUUGGCAAUGCAACGAAAGUUUCCAUGUUUGUGCCAUUAAACAAUUUGCAUUAUAAUAGCACACAAAACUGAGCUUGCAAAACUAGAAGUGUGAUCACGUAUUUUAUAUUUUCCACUUAUAUUUUAAUGCAUUUGGCUUUGGUCCGUUACCCUGGAAAUCAAACUCAUGACGUUGCUAGCAGCAUGCUUGUAAAGUAUGUUUCAGGCCUAAGUUAGGAAAAAAAACAAGGGGUCUUGACAUGGAUUUUAAUAUGUUCCUUGAGGUUCAUUUAAAAUGUUAGUUUUUUGCUCAAAAACAAUUUUUUUCAACCUUCAUUCUGACCCUCUGUCUGAAAUUUUUAAGGCGCGGCUCCUUUAAGACUUGUCAGUAAACGCCUUAUAAUUGGUUAAAGUCAUUGCAUAGGAAACGGUAUCAACGCCCACUUGCUAUUGUGGCACGGUACCACUGCGUGGUACGACUCGGCUCGAUACGGCACAGCUCGGUUUGCUUUGGCUCGGUUGCUUUUCCACUGCAGUUAGUACCAUCUCAAAGUGGGUGUGAUUAGUUUAAAAGCAGUCGCUACAGCGGUGGCUGUAACUGGCUAUUUAAAGGAGCCGUAUGCAGGAUUGUGGCCAAAACUGGUACUGCAAUCACUUUCAAAUUAGGGUGUAUCCCCGCCUUCCCCCAUGACUCGAGGUUGCCAGAUAUGCUGCAGGAUCCAGCAGGAAUUUAGGUUGUUACAAGAAGCUUCCAAUUGCAAAUGACGAGUUUUUUUCUGUUAAUUAUUUAUUUCGGACUUUGUAACAAAGUAUUUUGGAUUCAAAUCGAGUUUUUUGGGGUUUCGCAAUGUUAAAAUACGUAUCCGAUUCCAACCCGUUUGUAUCUGCAGCUGUGGUAACUAGAUAAGAGCUGGCAACCCGAAUGCCACAACACUACUGAGUCCAUGAUUGGUAGAUCGGUGGAGGGUGACGCAUCAGAACAAAACACAACAUGACAUCAUCAACAUCAGUCAAGGCCUGCGAAUCGACUUCACUUUUUAAAUGACAA